AUGACAACAAUUGAUGAUAAGUCUAUAAUUGAAAAAAGUGUUUGUCCUCCUUCCAGUGAAACAAACUUCUAUGUUCCCCAACAGUUAAUAGAAGCAAAUGAAUUAUUAAAGUCAAUUGAUAGAAGAUUGGAAGAUUGUGCUUUAGAAUGGCAAGCAGAAAUUUCGCAUAAGCAAUGGAAAGUUUUUAAUUCUAAAGUCAUUGGAAGAACUGUAUCUGAACAAUCCCUAUUAGCACGAACAUAUUUUACAGAGAAAAAUCUUGAUGAAGCCUUUCAACAUUUACUUUCUUGUAAUAAAAUUUUUUCAGAAUAUUUAAAAAAUUUCAUUGAUCUUUUAUGCCGUAAAAUAUCUACUUCAAAAGUCAAAGAAGCAUUUGAUGUACAAAAUCAAUGUUGUAACAUAAAAGAAAAUUGCAAAAUAUUAAGUAGUACUAAUACAGAACCAAUGCAGUCUUCUUCAGUGAACCACGGACAUUUAGAAGGAAAAGAAACUCAAGAUUAUAUUAAUAAUACAUUAACAGUUCAAAAUUCAUUCAUGGAUGUAAUAAAAGCUAAAGUUAAUUUUGAUACUAAAUUUUUAGGAUUUGAAGCUAUAUUACAUAAAGCUACAUCUGCAUAUUUUAAAAAUACAAAUGAUAAAAAUAAAAAAUCGAAGAAUAUGACUGGCAAUCAAAGACGUCGCACAGUUAUAAGAACUAAACGUUUAACUAGAUCUUCAAAAGCAAUAUCUAGAAAAAAAAAUAAGGAGAAAUCACCCAUAAUAAUUGGCGAUGUUGGCGAUCAGUCAUUAUUUGGUAGUACUGCAAGUUUUUGCUAA